CUCGCUCCGAGCGAUUGCCCUGGGCUGAGUGGCGCAGGAGGAGGGUCCCGGCGCGGAGGUGCCGCAGAGCCGUGCCAGGGACAGCCUGGGCUCGCAGCCCCCCGUGGCAGCCUUCGCACUGCUGCGUCCCGCCGGGGCCGGCCGGUGGCAGCAUGGUGGAUGUGUUCAGCGGACGGAUCCUGGUCAGCAAGGACGGUCGCAGCGUGGAUCCCGAGGAGGCCUUGCAGAACAAGGUCGUGGGCUUGUACUUCUCCGCCGGAUGGUGUUCUCCGUGCCGCGACUUCACCCCUGUCCUCUGCGACUUCUACACGGAGCUGGUGGAGGAGACCCAUCCCCCCGCCCCCUUCGAGGUCGUCUUCAUCUCCUCCGACCACAGCGCCGAGGAGAUGGAGUGCUACAUGCACGCCAUGCACGGGGACUGGCUGGCCCUGCCCUUCCACGACCCCUACAAGCAUGAGUUAAAGAAGAAAUACAACAUAACAGUAAUUCCUAAACUGGUGAUUGUGAAACCUACUGGAGAAGUCAUUACCGACAAGGGAAGAAAACAGAUCCGAGACAAGGGGCUGUCAUGUUUUCGGAACUGGCUUGAGGGUGCAGAUAUCUUUCAGAAUUUUUCUGUCUAAAAGUUGGCAGAUGAAAGCAAGACAAGGCUUGGAGUACUUUGUAGAGCUCUUAAAGAAUUGUUGCCUUAUUCAGAACAAGAAUGGUAAGGCUUAUUUGUCUUUGCAUGUAAGCAAAUUUUAUUUUCGUUUUGAAGAUUAGCUAGCUCCAGUAAAUCAUGAAAUGCAAUUACUCUUUCAUUUGAGUUCUAUCUUCUGUAGUAACUAUGAGCCAAAGCAUUCCUGAUAAUACUGGAGACCUUCAAGAGGAUAGUCUGUUUCAGACAGUAACAAGAGAGCACUGUGAAAUCUAUGCAAACACUUGUGUUGCAAAAUCUGUAUAGUAAAAAUUAUAUAUGUGAGCAAACCUAUUUUUCUUCAUAGUUUUUUU